UGGCGGCCAGGGCCAAGAAAAUGUACCUAGUAGGCUACAACUCCAAGGGUAGGUCGUAUCGACUUUGGGACCCUUCGGAGCCUCUCAAAAUCACCAACUCCGUGGAGGUAUCGUUCCGUGAGAAGGAGAUGCGCGACGUGAUCAAGCCCAAACUAGGGCAAGAUUUUCUCCCCGCGCCUAACUCAACAUUCUAUCGGCCUGGUCUGGUAGACUCUAUCGAAGAAGAAGAAGAAAAUAACGAAGAAUCAUCCGACGAAUCGGAGCCGGAAGCACCGGCACCUCGCCGCAGCAGCAGGAACUCCGUGGCGCCUCAACGGUUGAAUCUGUUUACGAAAGAACAGGCGUACGAGAGGACCGAACAUGCUAUGGUGACUGGAAGUGACUUCGGCAACCUCGGGAGAGGCAGUCCCGGGGAGGUGGGCUACAUGCCUGCCGAUCCUGCCACCUACGAUGAAGCGAUGAGUGGACCGGAUGCAGCACGCUGGAGAGCGAGCAUGAACGAUGAAGAGCAGUCGCUCUACGACCACGACGUGUUCGACUGGGUGCUUCCGCCCGAAGACGCCCAACUUCUUCCGACUAGGUUCCACUACAGGUGGAAGUACAACCAAGAACAUGUGCCAGUUCGCCCGAAGAGUCGCGUGGUGGUGCAAGGUUUUCACGAAGCUGACACGGGAGCGGAUAAGGCUGCACCGGUGGCGUCUAUGGAAUCUGUCCAUCUAGUGGUUUCCCACGCUGCUGGUUUUGGCCAAGCUCUCAGGCAGGCCGACAUGAAGACGGCUUUUCUCAACUCCAGGAUGUCCAAGAAAGACAAACCUAUCUACGUAAUACCUCCGAAGGGGUUCACGUGCUCGCAGGAGCAAACAAAGCUGGUCUGGCGACUUAAGGCGUGGCUGGCCAAGAAAAUGUACCUAGUAGGCUACAACUCCAAGGGUAGGUCGUAUCGACUUUGGGACCCUUCGGAGCCUCUCAAAAUCACCAACUCCGUGGAGGUAUCGUUCCGUGAGAAGGAGAUGCGCGACGUGAUCAAGCCCAAACUAGGGCAAGAUCCUCUCCCCGCGCCUAACUCAACAUUCUAUCGGCCUGGUCUGGUAGACUCUAUCGAAGAAGAAGAAGAAAAUAACGAAGAAUCAUCCGACGAAUCGGAGCCGGGAGCACCGGCACCUCGCCGCAGCAGCAGGAAUUCCGUGGCGCCGAAACGGUUAAAUCUGUUUACGAAAGAACAGGCGUACGAGAGGACCGAACAUGCUAUGGUGACUGGAAGUGACUUCGGCAACCUCGGGAGAGGCAGUCCCGGGGAGGUGGGCUACAUGCCUGCCGAUCCUGCCACCUACGAUGAAGCGAUGAGUGGACCGGAUGCAGCACGCUGGAGAGCGAGCAUGAACGAUGAAGAGCAGUCGCUCUACGACCACGACGUGUUCGACUGGGUGCUUCCGCCCGAAGACGCCCAACUUCUUCCGACUAGGUUCCACUACAGGUGGAAGUACAACCAAGAACAUGUGCCAGUUCGCCCGAAGAGUCGCGUGGUGGUGCAAGGUUUUCACGAAGCUGACACGGGAGCGGAUAAGGCUGCACCGGUGGCGUCUAUGGAAUCUGUCCAUCUAGUGGUUUCCCACGCUGCUGGUUUUGGCCAAGCUCUCAGGCAGGCCGACAUGAAGACGGCUUUUCUCAACUCCAGGAUGUCCAAGAAAGACAAACCUAUCUACGUAAUACCUCCGAAGGGGUUCACGUGCUCGCGGGAGCAAACAAAGCUGGUCUGGCGACUUAAGGCGUGGCUUUACGGCCUACGCCUCUCUCCGAAAAGCUGGAAUGGGAUGUUUCACCUGUUCCUGCUGGAGAUCGGGUUCGUCCCGAGCACCGCCGAUCCGUGUCUGUACACGUUGAACGGGGGAGAGGUCAUCCUGCUCGUCUACGUGGACGACAUCCUACUUACCGGAGCCAAGGAGGAGCUCGUGACGACCAUUAUCGAACAGAUGAAGGAGCGCUUUGAGACGGUGGACCUGGGAGAAGCAAAGUUUAUCCUGGGAAUGGCCAUCCAGCGCAACCUCGAAGCGGGCACCAUCCUACUGACGCAAGAAGCUUACACCAAGGCCGUGCUUGCUAAAUUCGGCAUGGCUGACGUGCGCGCGACGGCAACGCCGGCCGAGAAGGAGCCGGUUACGACCAAGGAAGAAAAUGCUCUGUCGCCGGAGCAAACUACCAUGUUCCGGUCGGCUACGGGUUCGGUCCUAUACAUCAGCAGGGGAUCGAGGCCAGACAUCUCUCACUCGGUGCUGGUACUCACGAAGAGCAUGGCUAAACCAGGACCGAAGGCGCUUGCCAAACUGAAACGACUCAUGCACUACCUGAAGGGGACGACCUCUUUUUGCAUCACCUACCGCAAGGACGCGCAAGGCGGAGAUAUACUAACCGCUCACGUCGACUCUGACUUCGCAGGCGAUCUUGACGAUCGAAAAUCGACUACUGGGGUCGUUCUUACCCUCGCAGGUGGCCCGGUGGACACGACAAGUGUAAAGCAGACGGUCACUGCCACGUCGUCGGCUGAGGCAGAAUACGUCGCAAUGUCCAAGGCGUGCAAAAUGAUCCUACACUGGCGUCAUCUUCUCAAGACCAUCAAUCGAGAGCAGACGGAGGCUACGGUGUUGUUUGAGGAUAGCACUGCUGCCAUAUCGACUAGUGAAUCGAACAAAGUAACGCAGAAAACGAAGCACAUCGAUGUCAAGUAUCACCACGUAAGGUCGCUGAUCGUUAACUAGGUAAUGGAGGGAAAGAAAAUCGACACCAACCUCCAGAAGGCUGACAUGUUGACCAAGAACCUAGGAACGGUUAAGUUUCUCAACAACCGUCGCCAGCUUCUAGGAAUGUAGUCACCUCCCCUCUUCGUAAUCUUAAGGGUUGAAUGUUGAAGGAAACUCGGGAGAUCUGUGUAAGAGGAAUGUUUUCGCUGCUUGUUGAAAUGGCAGGUAAUGACUAUUUAAUUUUGAGUUGAGAUCGCAAGUACUCGUGAGUUGUUUUCGAGAGGACAUUAUUUUGAGAGGACAUCGAGAGAAGAUUCGAGUCUCAUGUAUCAGAAUGACGUACGUUCUUGAGAGGACAUGUUGGGGUGUUUGCUGUGCAAGACCGACUCUAUUCUGCUGUAUGUGUUUGAUACGGUACUGUGAAGGCGUUCUGUUUUACUGGAACCGUCAGGUGCAGACAGUCCAGGCGUCUGUUUGUGGAUAAUAAAUCACUCUUUUUGUUUUCUCUACCAAGCCUCUACCACAUACGCCAACCAGCGUACUACUGCUGUGGUACCGCCCAACAGGACCCUCACUCUCAUGCUGG